AUGGCCACGAAAAUGCUCUCAGUGACGGCGCCCACCUACACCGACCCAUCGAAGUACGAGCUGUCAACAGUCUUGCGGCCAAGCGUCACUGACGAUGAAGACGUCGUCAUCCGAGUUUAUGCUGCGAGUGUUAAUCCAGUCGAUGUGAAGAAAGCAGAUGGGGUUUUUAAGAUGGCGAUGAAAGAGACGUUCCCGUAUAUGAUCGGCUAUGAUGCAGCUGGAGUCAUUGUGGAGGUCGGAAAGGAAGUGAAGAAGUUGAAAGUCGGAGACGAGGUCUAUACGAGACUCCCAGAGGCGAAUCGAGGUGCAUGGAGUGAAUAUGCCAAAAGCACAGAGCGUUAUAUUGCCCUGAAGCCUAAGAAUCUGUCCUUUGCUGAUGCGGCUGCAAUUCCGCUGGCGGGUGUCACGGCAUUGCAAGUAUUGAACAAGUAUGAGGGCUCGUUGGAGGGUAAAACUGUCUUUAUUCCUUCUGGAUUGAGCGGCACAGGGGCCUUUGCAUGCCAACUGGCCAAGAAUGUGUUUCAUGCCGGCAAGGUCAUCACUACAGUGUCGACUUCGAAGAUUCCUCUAGUUCCUGAACUUCUCGGUGAAGGUGUAGUCGACCAAAUCAUUGACUACACCAAAAAUGAUCCUCUAGAAAUCAUUCCAGCACGCUCUGUCGACUUCAUGUUUGACACCACAGGCGACGCUAUGAAGUAUCUCUCCCGAAUGGUCCCUAAAACGGGACUCAUCGUAUCGAUUUCCACAAUGCCCUCUGCUACAACUCUGCAAGCCUCGAGUGUCAUGCGACGGCCCGAUAAUCCUCGCAUCCCAUUGGUAGGGCGUGUCUUUCUCAAUGCAAGCGACGCACUACGUAGAGCACGCGCGUGGCGUUGGGGUGUGGGGUAUAUGUACUGGUUUCUAGAUCCUACUGGAAAGGAUCUGGAUUGUCUUCGGCAAUAUGUGGAAGAGGGGAAGGUGGUGUCUGUUGUUGGAUCUAAGGUGAAUAUGAGGGAUAUUGAAAAGUCUUGA